CGUUAAACCCAAGAAUCUCUGUUUCUCUAUUUUAAGUUUAACCAACAUUUCUAAUUUUCUGCAAUUGGCUGAGUUCUGGUGCUACUCAGAAGAUAAUAAAUUUCAAUUCAUCAAUGGAUGACAUUUUGGGUUUGCUAAGGAUUAAAGUUGUGAGAGGCUUCAAACUUGCUAAAAGAGAUGCCAGAAGCAGCGAUCCUUAUGUCAUUGUUCGGAUGGGCAAGCAGAAGCUAAAGACUCGAGUGGUGAAGAAGAAUCUGAACCCGGAAUGGAACGAGGAGUUGACUUUGACCGUUGCCGAUCCAAAUCAGCCCAUCAAAUUGCAAGUUUACGACAGAGACACGUUCACGCUGGACGACAAAAUGGGGGAUGCAGAGUUUGAUAUAAAGGAGAUGGUGAGGGUGCUGAAGAUGGAGUUGGAGAAUGUUUCAAAUGGGACAGUGGUGAGCAAGGUUGUGGCAAACAGGGAGAACUGCUUGGCAGAGGCAAGCUCUAUUGUGUGGGAAAAUGGGAAAGUGAUGCAGAAUAUGGUGUUGAGAUUGAGGAAUGUUGAGUGUGGAGAGGUAGAGCUGCAGCUGCAUUGGAUACAUGUUCCUGGCUCUAGAGCUCUCUAGUACUCUUAAUUUAACCUUUUAUGUACAUACUUUUUCAUUUUAUUUUUAUGUUGGGAAGUGGUAUUUCUUAAUAUGAUAUGAUAUGAAUUGAAUUGAAUGUGUUUUUGUGUUUAGAAUUUGGGGUUGAAGUGAUAUGAAGAUAUAUAGUAUGAGUACUUGAAUUUCAA